AGUUUCCUUUUGAGCACAAAGGGGCGUGGCGGUUAUUUUGGUUCCUCCUGUUCCAGUUGCGUCUACGCAGGGUCGAGACGGUGACGGAACCGAGGAGUCGCUGGAGGAGGCGCUCCGCGCCGGGGCGAGAUAGUGGCCUCCCGCCCGGGUGUUCAGUCCACCCACAGAUCCGUUGGCGGCGGCCCGCCCAGGUACCCGGCUCAGUUUUCCCAAUCAUGACAGGUCAGUGUGACCUUCCAGGAUGUGGCCGUGUACUUCUCCUGGGAAGAAUCGGGUCUCCUUGCUAAGGCUCAGAGACGCCUGUACCAUGAUGUGAUGCUGGAGAACGUGGCACUUGUGAUCUCACUUGGUGGUUGGCAUGGAGUAGAGGAUGAUGAAGGACCUUCUGAGCAGCAUAUUUCAGAUCAAGGGGGUUCACAGAUCCGGCCUGUCAAGGCAGGUCUGUCUCCUCAGAAGGCCAACCCUUGUGAGAUAUGUGGCUUGAUCUUGAAUGACAUUUUUCACUUGGCUGAGUACCAGGGAACACAUCACAGGCAGAAAUUAUGCAUAUAUGCAGCAUGUGAGGAACUAUUUUAUUUCAGAGCAAACCUUUAUCAGCACGAAAAGCAGAUAUUGGAGAGAAACUAUUGAGAAGCAAUGUAAGGAGAGCCUUAUUUGUGAACAACUGCAAAUUCUGUGUGUCAGGGAAGCCCUUCACCUUCAGGGAGGCUGGGAAGGACUUCCUGGAUGACUCAGGAUUUUAUCAACAGGCCACACACACCAGGGAGAAGUCAGAUAGUGGAAUCAAGUGUGAGGAUGCCUCUACAAAGGAAAAUACUCAUUACAACAGGGAAGACCACAAAAACUUUAAGCUGCAAAUGCACAUUUGUUUAGUGCCAGACAGCCGCCCUGGAGAAAGAUGUUGUAUUUGCAAUGAAUGCGUGAAAUCCUUUAGCCAAGUCUCCUACCUCAUUAGACAUCAGAGAGGUCACACUGGAGAAAGGUCUUAUGAGUGUAGUGAAUGUGGGAGAUCUUUUAGCCAAAACUCUAAUCUCAUUCAACAUCAGAGAAUUCACACUGAAGUAAGACAUUAUGAGUGCUAUGAAUGCAGGAAAUCUUUUCAUCAAAGCUCUGCACUCCUUCAACAUAGAAGAGUUCAUACUGCCAAAAGGCCUUAUGAAUGUAGUGAAUGUGGGAAAUCCUUUAGAUAUAUGUCCAGCCUCAUUACACAUCAGAGAGUUCACACUGGAGAAAGGCCUUAUGAGUGCAGUGAAAGUGGGAAAUCCUUUAAGAAAAGCUCUGCACUCCUUCAACAUUAGAGAGUUCACAGUGGAGAGAGGCCUUACGAAUGCAGCAAAUGUGGGAAAUCAUUUUGCUAAAACACUGUGCUCCAUCAACACCAGAGGGUUCACACUACAGAAAAACCUUAUUGGUGCAAUGAAUAUGAGAAAUCAUUUAGACAUAUAUCCAGCCUCAUUACACAUCAGAAAAUUGAUUGGAGAAAGGCCCUAUGAGUGCAAUGAGUGUGGGAAAUCUUUUGAGAAAAGCUCUUUUUCCUUUACCAUCUGAGAGUUCACACUGGGAAAAGGCCUUAUGAAUGCAGCAAAUGUGGGAAAUCAUUUCAUCAAAAUUUUGUGCUCCUUCAACAUCAGAGGAUUCACACUGGAGAAAAGCCUUAUCAGUGCAGUGAAUGUGAGAAAUCCUUUAGUCAAAGCUCUACCAUCACCACACAUCAGAAAAUUCACACUGGAAAAUAACCUUAUAGUUUGAGGAAUGUGUGCAAUUCUAUACCUACAGUUUCAAGCUCCUAAAAUACCAAAAUGCAUACACUGGAGAAAGACUUUAUGAGUGCAUUGUAUGUGGGAAAUCCCCUACUAAAAACACCAGCCUCGGGGCACCUGGGUGGCUCAGUUGGUUAAGCAUCUGACUUUGGCUCCUCAUGAUCUCCCAGUUUGUGGGUUUGAGCCCUGCAUUGGGCUCUGUGCUGACAGCUCAGAGCCUGGAGCUGCUUUGGAUUCUGUGUCUCCCUCGCUCUCUGCCCCUCCCCCACUUGGGCUCUGUCUCUCUCUCUUUCAAAAAUAAACAUUAAAAAUAAAUAAAUAAAAUACAUAAAAAAUAAAAAUUCCAGCCUCAUGAAACAUAGGGGAGUUCACACCACAUCAAGGUCUUACAAAUGCAAUGAAUGUAAGAAAGCCAGAAGCCCAAGUCCUUUACUCUCUGCAUACCACAAAUUUCACAUGGGUGAAAACACCUUUAAUGUGCAAGCAAGUACAAUUUUUUGUUCCAUAUAUCAAAACUUGGGGGCGAUCCCUAAUGACGGUGCUGCCUGAAUUGAACCUCAUCCAAACACAAAAAUCCCAGGUAUGUUGGAGCUGCAUUGCACUUUUUAACCUGCCCAUGGCCUUUCCAGAUUUAUGCCACUGGUGGUUUCUGCGGAAAAAGCCAUUUCACCUCUACUACCUGGCAGGUGCCUAUAGUAUGCAUCUUUCACCCAAUCCAGUGUGUUCAGGGAAGGAAACCUUGGUGUUUCCAUUCCCAGCAGAGAUUACUGAAAAGUCUCAGCACUCACUCUUUUUUUCUCUCUUUGAUAAGCUGUGCCUUGUACCUGACCCAUUUUGGCCCAGUGGACUCUGUUCUUAACUUGACAACAUAGACUGACUGCCUUUUCUGGGGGUAUUAUUGGUUUCAUGUGACUUCUGUGAUGGAGGUUCCCAGCCAUCAAGUCACCGAUGCAGGAGUAACUUGCCUCCCAAUGCUCUGGUUUGUAUGAUAAUAGAAACUUUAUUGGUUAAGCUACCUUUAAUCUUGGAGUUCUGUUCACUCUAUGGGAUGAUUUGAAAAACAGCUGGGUUUUACAAACACAAAGAAUAGCCUGUUGUUGGGAUCCCAAGCUUCGUGUGCCUCAGAGGUGACAGUAUGAUGGCAGAGAGUUGUUCUCCAGGUUUGCCCUUGUUUGCAUUGCUGCCCAAGGCCUCCAAUGAAAACCUUCAAGAUCUCUGGGCCUAGUUUGUAGACUGAAUGCCAUAAUAUUUUCUGGGUUCAGAGGUACGUGAGGAGGGGGCAGUUCUCACGACUCCUGUGGUGCUUCUGAGAGCACCAUGAAAUUAUUCACGCGGAAUGUUGCCUUGGGCUCAGCACUGGUGAGGAAAACCUCCCAGGUCCUGCAGUGGACUCAUGGGCCAAAUUUUGAUGUUCAAAAUUCUGUAGGGUAGCAUCAUUGUAAGACUAGAAGGGUAACUAUAAUUGUCACAGAAACACUAGAUUAAGGACGCCUAGCUGGCUCAGUCACAAGAGUGUGUGACUCUUGAUCUCCAGGUUGUUGAGUUUCAGCCCCACGAUGGGUGUGGAGAUUACUAAAACAAAAGAAAAAACAUAAAAGAAACUUAAAACACACACACACACACAUUAAUAGUAAGAGGAGGAUACUAACAAAGUGCUUAGAAUGUGCCUUUUUUUAAAGGGGUUUCCACAAUGUUCCAAUCACUAUAGCUGUGAAGUAUUGGUAGAUACAGAACUUCUCUGACCUGAACUAUGAAUCUUUUAUAGCAUAAGGCACAGUGGGAUAAAAUAAUCUAAAAGUUUUGUGGAUUCUUGUAGUCUCUCUGGGAUGUCCUCCAAGCCAUUUCCGUGCAGAGAAAAAUAUGAGUACAGAGAGAAGGGGUAGCUCUUCUUCAAGUUAUGGGAACCUUAGGACCCAGCCAGGAUUCCUACUGAAUCUGUUGCUAAGUCUUCAUUAUUCACUUAAUUUUUGGCCACUGAGGCAAGAAGCCCUUCCCAGGGCAUGAGGAGAGAGAUGAUGAAGUCAAUGUAAGGGAUUCUUAAAAUAGGACAUUCAAAUUUCUUUCGAAUUAUAUUUUUAAAAUGUUAAUGAGACAUAAAUGAUAAAAUAUAUUUUCAAAAUGCAAUUUGAUAAAUUUUGACAUUUAUAUAUAAAUAAAUGAAACCAUCAUGUUUGUAAUUAACCUAUCCCUCACCCCCACACUUAUCUUUAAUGAUGUCACUGUGCUCUGUAGUCACAUAUUGAUUUACCUUUCAUUACAAUAUAUUCAUCUGCAUUGUCUGGAACUUUAUGAUUAAAGUCAUUAAGUGUUUGUUCUGUGGAUUUGCCACUAUUAGUUUAUGCAUUCAUCUGUAUGAAUACGAGUUGUCUUCAGUUUUUGACUGUUGCAGGUAAAACUACAGAGGUUUGAAUACAAAUUUUCAUAUGGAUAGGUUUCAUUUUUCUUUUGUUAAUACUUUGGAGUACAUGUCUGAGUUACAGGGUUAGUGGAUAUAUAACUUUUUAACGAACUCCAUACUGUGAUCUAAAAUAGUUGUUUCCUUUUGUAUUCCUAACAGGAGUGUUUGGAACUUCUAAUUCUUCCAUAUCCUUGGCAGUAGUGGGUAUGGUUAAUCUUUUUAAAACCUUUAACCCUUCUAAUAAUUGUGUAGCAGUGUCCUACUGUGGUUUUAAACUGUAUUUCUCAGAUAUUUUAUGAUGUUGAGCAUUUUUUCAUUUGUUGAUUUGCCAGCUGUACGUCCCUUUUGGCAAAAUAUCUUUUUUAUACUUUUGCCAAGUUUUUAAGAUAUAUAUAAAAGAAUGAAACAACAAAGACUUAUUCAGAACUUUAUUCACUCUUUAGUGAUGUGACAUUUUUGCAAUAAAAAGAAUUGCUUUUAAAUGCCAGAAGAAUAUUUCCUAAAUCAUCUUCUGCUAUACACAAUACAGUGGCCACACACAGCAUAUACUUUACAGUUUAAUAUGCAUUAACAUGUUCUCCAUCACAUAAGUCUAAAUAUCUAACAAUAAAAUAAAUAAAGCCAUCACUUGUAGUGUUUGCAGUUUCCCCAGUGUAAAUAUUCCCACCACUGUGAAAACCACCACUGUGAUAUCACUGUAGCUGGAGUUCCAAGGUGCCAGGAGUAUGCUAAUCUAUCUUUUUUCCCACCAUAGCGAUCCAGUGGCCACAAAUAACCUCAAGAACACAGAAAAUAAAUGUAGUGGAGUGACUAGAAAGGUACAAGUUUUUAUAUAUUUUCAAGCAGUUUCGUUUUGAUAUAAUUGCAUAAAAUAAGCUGCACAUAUUUCAAACGUAUGUGUUCAUGUACUUGGUUACCACUUAAACCAAAAGCUUCCUAUUACCACCCCUCAUUUCCCCCUGUUUUUAUUUUAAAGAGGUGGCUCCCAGAUAUUUGAGAAAGACAUUUCUGUUCAUAAAGGUGGAAUAAAAGGGAGAGACCUAUCUUUCAAAGGGAUAUUCCUUAAAGAGAUGCAGAAUUAACAAGUUUUCUAAGGUAAAUGAGGAAAGGGAGGGGAGUAGAAACACCCCAUUGUCUUUCUUUCUUUUUUUUUAAUGUUUAUUUUUGAGAGCGAGCAAGAGAGAGACAGAGCACGAGUUAGGGAGGAGCAGAGAGAGAGAGGAAGACACAGAAUCUGAAGUAAGCAGGCUCCAGGCUCUGAGCUGUCAGCACAGAGCCCGAUGUGGGGUUCAAACUCAUCAACUGUGAAAUCAUGACCUGAGCUGAAGUCAGAUGCUUAACCAACUAAGUCCAUCAGGUGCCCCAAACACCUCAUUUUCAAAAGAGAAUUAAGCCUCUUAUUUUUAAUUUAUAUUUGUCUUUACAUGACAUACCUGUGAUGAAGGAGCAUGAAGCAAGCUGAGGGCAAAGUACAAGUUAGCACACACACCCUCCCCAGGUGGGACAUGAAUGAUAUUCCUUGGACACUCCCAGCUGCCCCAAAACAGGAAAGGACAAAACAAACAAACCAAACAAACAAACAUACAAAAACAUGGAUAAACUGAUAAGAGUCUCCACCAUUUUACCAGAAAAAGGCAAUCCCAUGGUAGCCUAAAGUCCAGGAACUUCCUACUGUCUUAAUGUUAAUGCCUUGCUAGAGAGAAAAACAACCUUAGCUUGACAAGAGCUAGGCUUCCAAUAAGUCUUCAGCAUGUGAAAGUCUCUUUGGAAACUCCGUCUUGACUUUAUCUACCCUCUGGACUUUAUCUCCCCUGACUCCAUAAAACACUCACCCCCACAACCCCAGUGCAGCUCUUCCUGCCCACGGGUCCUGUCCUUGUGCUUUAAUAAAAUCACCUUUUUGUACAAAAGACAUCUUCAAGAAUUCUUUCUUGGUCGUCAGCUCCAGACCUCAUGAACUCCCCAUCACUCUAAAACUCCAUCACCUGGAAACACAAAAAGCAUAACUGUGUUUCCUUAGCACAUAGUUCCACAGCCUGGAAUCAACAUUUCAGAUAUCAAAUGUAACCAGUAUGUGGUGAUGAUACCAAAGCACAGCCUGGAGACCAAAGUGGAGUGGGCACCCUGUGUGACAGAUGUAGGCUUUAGGAGAGCCUAGAUCCAGGUCUAGCCUGGGUCAACAGAAACA